GGAGACUACUAGACUACUACUAGACUACUGCAGCUGCGGUUCCAUAGCACGCGCGCUCUGCCCCGCUUUAUGAAUACUUUGAUCCUGUUAUGUCUCGAGCCCAAUGCUGUCAGCAGCGGCGCGUUUCAUGCAUUUUUCAGAGCCCUCGCGCGGACGAAGAAACAUUUUGUGAACCAAAAGACUUGCUGAGAAUGAGUCCCGCAUAACUCCGGGUAUUGUUGCUAUCUAUCCCCUCCUUUCUCUCACUUUUUCCCCUGUCCCGCGUUCUCCAAGUUGAGUCAUUGUACAUAAGUAUGGUAGAUAAAGGCCCCUUGUUGACUUCUGCCAUUAUUUUUUAUCUGUCCAUUGGGGCAGCAAUUUUUCAAGUCCUGGAGGAGCCCAAUUGGAAGGAAGCUGCAAAACACUAUAGUGACAAGAAGGAUGAAAUACUUAAGGACUAUCCGUGUCUGACGCAAGAUGAUUUGGACAAAAUAUUAGAGAUUGUGUCUAAUGCUUCAGGCCAAGGGGUCACUAUAACCGGCAGCAAUACCUUCAACAACUGGAACUGGCCAAAUGCCGUUAUCUUUGCCGCCACUGUUAUCACAACUAUCGGAUAUGGGAACAUUGCCCCUAAAACGUCACCAGGCCGUGUAUUUUGCAUCUUCUACGGGCUGUUUGGUGUGCCUUUAUGUCUUACCUGGAUAAGUGAGCUAGGAAAGUUCUUUGGUGGCAGAGCCAAGCACCUGGGCCAGUAUCUCACCAAGAAAGGAUUUUCAUUGAGAAAGGCUCAAUUUACCUGCACCGCUAUAUUUCUCCUCUGGGGUGUGCUGGUCCAUUUAAUCCUUCCACCUUUUGUAUUUAUGUCCCAAGAAGGUUGGACAUAUAUUGAAGGCUUGUACUUCUCAUUUGUCACCUUGACCACAAUUGGUUUCGGGGACUUGGUAGCAGGUGUGGAACCAAAUACAGAAUAUCCAACUCUGUACCGUUACUUUGUGGAGGUGUGGAUUUAUCUGGGGUUGGCCUGGCUUUCUUUGUUUUUCAACUGGAAAGUGCGGAUGGUGAUUGAGGCCCACAAGGCACUGAAGAAACGUCGCAAGCUGCGCAAGCUAUCUCUCGAUGAGCUCCGGCACUACAAAGAGUCUCACAAGGCUGCACUUCGUUUGCCACCCACUCCUAAUGACGUCAAUAUCUUCAGCUUCCUGUCCAAGAAGCAGGAAGGCUACAAUGACCUAAUUAAGCAGAUCGGCACCAAAAAAGAUGCCAGAAGCAACGGCGGUAGUGCCAAUGCAAUCAAUAAAUCCAAAGACAUUAGUCGGUCUAAGAGUUGCAAUGAUGCUCCGAUGUUUAACGGUCAUACCAUCCUUAGUCUGGACCGUUCACCCCGGCAAAAGAGACGCUAUAGUUUCAGUGACCGUGUCACUGUUGCUUUUUCAAAGUCCAAGAACUACCUCCUGGGCUCAGACAACGGUUUGCUGCUAACAGAGGACCAUGUAGAGGGUGACCUAGAACUUGACAGGUUCGAAAUGUAUGAGAACCAGCUUGACAAGGAUGUUGACCUGGAGAACGGAGGGGUGGGAGAUUGUGGAGCAGGUGGUCGAAGGACAUGGGACUCUAAGGAGUACCAUCCCCUAACAUUCCAAAAUGCAAACAUUACUUUUAUAGAUGAGGAGAACUUUCUCAGCAAUAACUUGGAGGAGGAAGACGAUGAUGAUGAUGAUGAUGAUUCUAAAGCAAAACUAUCCAUUACUACAUGUGAUGAAAACAUUGAAACAAACUCCAAGGAGGAGCCCGGUUCUGAAUCUGAAGGGUCUGUGUUCACCAGUGACGGUUCAGAACACACCCACUCCUAUGAGAAACUUGUGGAGGAAUAUGCAAAGGAAGAAAAUACAGACUCUUGAGACAUCAGUCUUGAACUAUGUAAAGUCGACACAUGUUCCUGGU